UUUGGGGAGCAGCAUGUGCCCGCCGCCCACCAGAGGUUCAAAGCUGAGAACUUUCACGUGACGGAAUUUAGCCAUGAGCACGAGCAGACCUACGGACUCAGGCAGCUCGCAACAAGAGUUGAGUGUUCAGUCUCUAUUCAACUGCCAUUCUAAAGUUGUUAUCGUUAUGUACAACUUUUCGCUGUUAUCCUGACUUUUAAUCAUCGAAAAGUUUGACCUUUCUUUUGUUUCCCUCUGCCAUCAAUUGAAGUCUCUUCGUGUUGGAAAAGUUGGUGUUUUAUUAUUGUUUCAAAUGGAGCGAAAGAAGCCGGUGAAUCUUUAUUUCUGUUGGAGCUUUCUUCUCGCUUGGUGCUGUAGUCUCACUGACUGUUACAAUUUGGAUGUAGACCAUCCGGUUAGUUUCAAUGGCCCAAAUGGAUCUUUAUUUGGCUAUUCUGUAUUGUUACAUAAGAACAAGCAACACACAUGGUUAUUAGUCGGAGCUCCAGUUGCGAAUUCAACAUUCGAUCCAUCCCUUAUAAAACCAGGAGCAAUUUAUAAGUGCAACUUCUCAGGCAAUAGAGAAUGUCAGCAAAUAUCAACGGGUGUGGACAGUUGUGGGAAGACUUGCUUCUCUGAGAGUGACAACCAGUGGCUCGGAGUCAGCCUGUCUAGACAGCCUAGUGAUGGCCAUGUAUUGGCAUGUGGGCAUCGUUGGAAGAACGUGUUCUAUUCCAGGAAAGACAAUCAGAACAAGCUGCCUCAUGGUGUCUGCUACAGAUACGAAGCUGACCUCAAACAGUCUCAACCACUUAUCCCAUGCUAUAAAGAUCAUCAACGGAAGUUUGGUGAAGACUACGGAUCAUGCCAAGCAGGAAUAUCCAACUUUCUGAAUGAGGACUUGAUAAUAAUGGGAGCCCCUGGGACAUCGUACUGGACUGGGUCUGUUCUGGUCUACAACACCUCCAGUAUGGUCCUGUCUGCCUAUGUGGAUGAUGACAGCACUGUCCUCUAUGGCAGUUAUCUGGGCUACUCGGUUGGCGCCGGCCACUUCCUUCACCCUGACUCCACAGAGAUCGUUGGAGGUGCACCCCAGCACAGGCAGACUGGUAAAGCCUACCUAUUCAGAGCUGAAGAAAACAUGCUGAAGAUCAUCGGUGAAGUCAAGGGAAGCAAGCUGGGCUCGUAUUUUGGUGCCAGUGUGUGUGCCGUGGACCUGAAUGGAGAUGGCCUGUCUGAUCUACUGGUAGGAGCUCCCAUGUACAGCACCAUGAGAGAGGAGGGACGAGUCCAUGUCUACAUCAACCAAGGAGCUGCUAAUAUGAAGGAAGCAGAGUUUCAGUUGGCUGGAAGCAAAUCGUAUGCUGCAAGAUUUGGGGAGACCAUAACCGAUCUGGGCGAUAUUGAUGACGAUGGCUUUCCUGAUGUGGCGGUGGGGGCUCCGCAGGAGGAAGAGCUGCGUGGGGCUAUAUAUAUCUACAAUGGGAGGAAGACAGGGAUCUCUCAGACCUACUCUCAAAGGAUCACCGGGUCUCUUCUGGGUAAUGAGUUAAAGAUGUUCGGCCAGUCUGUUUCCGGAGGCAUCGAUGUUGACGGAAACGGUUACCAAGGUAGUGCUCCCUUUCCUGACUGUCACUGUUGUGUAGAGUGCUUCCCUCCACCUGACAGCCGACACACACACAAGGAGUCUUUCCCCUCCCGCUUCCAUUUCCACGGCAACGGGACAUCCAACGUUACGACAGGGCAAGUCAAGGCCAGACACGACCAGCUGACCUGCGUCACCCACCAGGCCUUCAUGAGGAAAGAUGUUCGGGAUAUCUUCACGCCCAUCCAUUUUGAGGCGACGUACGCCCUCAAACAGCACACUGUCCGUCACCGGGCAUCCAGAAUAUUCCCAGCCCUGAAACCCAUCCUGCAGCAGAGAGGGGGGCACAGCAACCUGGUAGCCAAUAAGACUGAGUUUGCUCGGUACUGUUCAUUGGCCAACUGUUCAACCAAUCUGCAGGUCUCUGCAUACCUGGUCUUACCACAGAAACACAACAACAUACAGUACUUUGCAUUGGGUAAUGGGAAGACCAUCAUGUUGAACACAACCCUGGUGAACGCUGGAGAUGAUGCCUUCCUCCCCAGGCUCCAGUUACGCUUCCCCUCCAACCUGCACUACAUCAAAGUCCUUGAUGCAGAGGAGAAGUAUGUGAGCUGUGACAUUUCAGAGGAGAACAAGACAAUAGUAGGAAUGGACUGUAGUGUUGGGAACCUGUACUUCAGCUCUGGAGCCAAGGUGAACAUCAGCUUUCUGUUGGAUGUAAACCAGAGUAGCAGUGCUGGUGACAUUAGCAUAUCCAUCAACACUAGUGGAGACAAUUAUGAAAAUGAGGAUCUUCUGCAUGACAACUCAGCCACUCUGAUGUUACCGUUGAGAUAUGGCGUGGAUGUAAGCGUCCAUGGGUUUGUUACUCCAACAUCCUUUGUAUUUGGUGACCAGGAGCCUACUCCAGUUGAUUGCUACACAGAGACAUUCAACUACACUUACAAGGUUGUCAAUAUCGGUCCAAGCAAAUCUCUCAACACGGAAGUUGAGAUUGAUAUUCCCAAGAUACUAUCACCAUAUCCAUACAGAUUACUCCACAUUGCAGAUUUUCAGACCUCUCUUGGAGAAUGCUCCAUUAAAAACAGCUCCAUCACAGUAGAAGAUGAUUGUGAGGUGCCACAGUCCUCUUUAAUCAAGGAACUGGUCUUCUUCUUCUCCAAAACCAGCAAACGCAAAAUGUUCUGUGCUCACGGAGACGACCUGUGCCUGACUCUGGUGUGUAGACUAGGAGACAUGGACAUUGGGAAAGAAGCCACCAUUCAGAUGGAAGUGAAGCUCAACCCCACCGUUCUACAGCUCACACCGGGUCGUCAUGGAGUGAUGCUGAUAGAGAGUACUGGCAUCAUCACAUCACCAAGGGAGGACCCUCACACCAUCCUAUUACAGCAGACCCCUAUCGCUCAGGUUGUGUUGGAGGCCCACUUCAACCAGAAGCCUCAGGCAGCAGUGGAGGGGUUCAUCAUUGUAGGGAGUCUACUGGUGGGACUCCUGAUCUUGGCCCUGCUCAUCUUCGCCCUCUGGAAGGCUGGUUUCUUCAAGAGGCAGUUUAAGAAGGAGAUCAGGAGGGAUAGCUGGGACUAUGUACCAAAGAGUGAGAAGACUGAGAGUAUAUCCUAAGAGUGUACUAAUACAGAAUGGUUCUAUACAUCAAGAUGAACUAACUGCUGGGGAACAGCUUCUCUACUAAAAGGCCCAUUUUGAUUGAGAUCAUCCAAACCCAAGGGAAAGAACUGCAGGACAAUUCAAACAUUUGUGGCUCAGAAUCUAGGAAUCAACAAAAUGUUGUAAUUUCUCUAAAACAUGCAAGAGGAAAAACUUAAACUUUGUUGUCAGUGGGACAAAUUUAUUGCACUUUACCUCUGGGCUUGGUGCAGUGAGACUAUAAAACAUUGGACUGCGUACGUGGAAUGUACAUUAGAACAUAGGCUAUGUGACCUCACAAGAACAGGCCUAUCAUUCCUGUUUUUAUUCCCCACCAAGAACUCAGGAUAUGAAGCGGAACAUUCCAUGGUCUUGUUCAGUAGGCAUGAAACAGAAGAAAACGCUCCAAAACAGAGUGUGAAACAGGGAGGUACUUUCUGUGCCUGUCCAUUAAUUAAGAACCGCUCAUUUUGCGUAGCAAAACAUUCUCACAUACCUGACUACUUGGAUUCUGUCGCACAUUGAUUGUGUCUGCUGUACAAAAGAAUGUAUGAAUGCACUGCUGAAGCUUUUCUCUAUGGAUAGGAAGUAUAUUUGUAUAUAAUGAUAUAUACACAUCUAUAUGCCAAAUCUAUCCUCAUUAGGUGUGUAUAUACUGUGUAUAUAGAUAUAUACAUAUAUAUAUAUUUCUUUAUCACUCUUUUUAAACAACAUUUCCUUUUGUAUCUUCAUGCUAUGGGUAGGGAGGGGAAACAGCCUCAAACUGUCACACAUUUAUUGUGAAACUAGUGUCACUAUUGAGAAACCAUCAGAUUGAAAGAAGGAACAUUUGUUCUGGUUGAUCUGUGAGACCCAGCGAGAGCCUCUGCCGAGCCGUACAGCCUAAACCCAUGUUUCAUAGAAAUGAAUAGGAGCAUCUCACACUCUGCAAAAGUUACGUGCCCAGUGUUAUUUUAUUUAUUUUAUUUCACCUUUAUUUAACCAGGUAGGCUAGUUGAGAACAAGUUCUCAUUUGCAACUGCGACCUGGCCAAGAUAAAGCAAAGCAGUGUGACACAGACAACAACACAGAGUUACACAGUGUAGCAGACCGGUAACACCAGUACCUGCACCCUGCAUAGGUUUUUAUUCUUCAAUUUGUAUUUUUGCUCACCAGCUUAUGGAGUGAAUGGGACAGAAGGUUUAAUGGUUAUAAUGUAGAACUGAAAGUAACAGAAGGAUGAGGAGGUCAGGGAAGUGUCAUCAGUGAAAAAAGGCAUCUGUUCACUGACUCACUCACUGAAUGACACAUGCCACUCCUCAAGGGGACAGCACCCUGUGUGUGUGUGUGUGUGUGCAUACGUGCGUUUGCGUGUAUGCAUUUUAAUGUGUGCGUACGACAGCAACUCAUACACCAGCAACUCCUACACCAUGGCAGCAGAAGUUUCCAACACAGUCAGAAAUGAAAAAUGAAAGAGCUUGUUCUUCAGAAAUGACUCAAACGUUCCUCAAAUGGAACACACGGAACACUGGCCUUACCUUUUGGAACAUUUUCAUCCCUUUGGAUUUGUGUUGGAAUCUUUGGAUUCAAUGGAUUCUGUGUUCUUACUGUAGCUGUAAGGGAUUGGAACAUUCAGGUUUUGGAGAGAUGGUAGGCUAUGAUGAUGGUGAUGUAUGCGGAAGAGGAACAUGUUUUUACUGCUUGACAUUUCAGGGAGUCAACCUUUCAUGACCAAAAAUAAAGGGGGCACAUUCCACAUUUCUAUAAAUUGAAAUCAUUUUUAAUAAAUAAGUGUGUGGCGUGUAAAAAUGGAUAGAUAACAUUUCGUUUGUCAACACAUUUCACUUUGGUCUGAUAAUUUAUGUAAUUGUGCACUGGAAUGUAUUAUUAUGUUUUCUUUGCUUUAAUAUAAAUCAACUUUUUCUAUUUAA